AAAGUUCGUCAAGCAACUUCACCAAGACUUCUCACGUCACGCAUUUUACCAGAAGAGUGAAAUGCUUUCGAAGCAGGACUGCCCUGUUUCCCAGCCAUGGUUGGCCGCCCUCGCUCUACUGGUUGCUCAACAUGUCGAACUCGGCACUUGAGAUGCGAUGGAAAACGGCCAAUCUGUUCACGUUGCGAAAAAGACAAGUUCGAAUGCGGACCCCGCUCCGACGACUUCCAGGUGAUUCAAUACAGGCCUCCCAAGUCGCAGUCGCGAGAGCGCAUUGUGACCGUGCCCCACUUCAGUACAAGGCCCGAACAAUCGCGUCCCUUUCCUGUGACCGAUGCAGAUUCUGAAGCCGUAGAAACCCAAGAACCCUUCGAGGUUAGUGCAGUCGGUACGAGAGACAAUGUUUUCAACGCGCUUUUGUCCGAAGCAACCACAGCCUGGAAAGGGUCGCGCGUCGCUACAGGUGCACACUUCGCAGAUGUCAGCACAUGGGCAUGGCAGAUUCUCAGCGCCGAUGACGACGUCUACAUCGCUCACCUAAACCAUGCUUUGUUCUCACAAGAAGACUCGCGAGUCCGUUGGGUAGGGUUCAAUGCCAUAGCGCAGCCGGACAGUCUGUCGUGGAAGUGCCUGCUCGCGCUGUCAAAGUCAUUCUACGGUCGUGUGCAGAAUGAGGCAAGUAUGACACGGCAAGGAAUUGGCAUGUAUGGCCAAUGUCUUACAAGCAUACACAAAAGGAUAUUUUGUGUAGAGAAGGACGCCGUCACAGACGUGCUCUUGUCGAUCUUGAUCAUGGGCUUUUAUGAGAUGAUGCUUUGUACUAGCCAUGAUGCAUGGAUUCGCCAUGGACUCGGGAUAUCAACACUGAUUCAAAUUCAGGGUCCGGAAGCGUGCAGAGACAAAACCAUUUUCGAAAUUUUCCGCAGCAGCCGAUUUCUCAUCAUACUCUCCUCGUUGGCCAGUAGAUGCCCAACGUAUCUUUCCGGAGACCCAUGGAGGACGGUGCCGUGGCAACAACAAACCGUCCCCAAAGACAACAUGGAUCUUCUACUUGACAUCAUGAGUGAGGUACCCGCACUCCGGAGUAGACUAUUCAAGCUACAGGGUAUUACGGGUGCGGAUAACCAUGAAGCGCUCUCAUUUUAUCAGCUCGCAGAAGAUGCCUUGCAGGUAGCUUCGCAGCUACAAGUUUGGCGAAGGGACUGGGAUGUCUCGCUCGAAGGCAAUAUCAUUGAGCUUACGGAGUCAGAGCCCGCUAAACGAUUGGGCGAAAAUUCUUUACAUUUCACCAGUCUUUACGCAGCGAAUUGCUGCUCGCUGUACGACGCUUCACUCAUACUGGUACUUGAGACUGUCCUCUUAUGCGCUCAACCAGGCCAACUAUGUCCUGGAACUGCCGCCACACUCUUCGAGAAGUCACGGCAGGCAGCGAUAGAGAUAUGCCAAAGCCUCGACUACCAACUGCAAAACUCGCACACCAGAUUAGGCCAGCUGUUCGUCCUCUGGCCUCUGCGAGAAGCCGGGAAGAUACUGGCAAAAGGCAGCAUCUCUGAAGAGCUUCUGCUAGAACAGCAAAAACAGAAGCUAGCCACUGGUCAGGACUCUUGGGAGAUUGCAAAGUCUGCUUUUGGCAGAUAUGGCUGAACAGAUGAACAUAUGUCUACAUUGACGAAGAGAAGCAGCGUGGUUUCUUCUCCGCUCAUCACAAAUACUGGCCAACA